GCUGCUGGGCUUUGCGGGGACCCAGCCGACGCCAAGUGGAGCGCGUCCUUUGCAGAGGGGCGGGUCUACGCCGCACGCGUGGGCCCGCCAGUAACCUGAAACCUGCGCGCCUCGGCGGGGGCCACGCGAGGCUCUUUACUUCCAACGGCCCUGAGCAUUCACGAGGCAGAAAAGGGCACAGAGAAGCCAAGCGACCCCUCCGAGGUCACAGAGCCAGGGAAGGUCGUAGGACCUCAAGGCUGGGAGAGGCGGGGCCGAAGGGGGAGUGGCAAAUAGUUGUCCACGCUCCGAGAGGUGAAGAGGAGGAACCCGGCCGGCCGGAGGGUCAGGGGCGAGGCCGCGGGAGUGAAGAUCAGAGAGGGUGGAUUCCCCACGGCCCCACAGUCUGGCUCGCUCCUGGCCCUGAUCUCCCCGGGGCAGUCCGACCAGACCGGACCCUACUGGCCGGCGGGGAGCCUCCCCAGCCUCUGGCGUGCAUAGAGCCCCUCCCUCAGGAUCGGCCCCAGGGACACCCGAGACUCCGCACUGCUGGACUCUAACAGCAGAUUUCCCGCUUCCUCGGUUUCGCUCCCGUCCGCAGUGGCUCUGGACGCCGCCUCCUCCCGGCAGCCCUCUGGACUCCAACAACUGUGAGCCUGGUGGGGGUGUAGGUGCAGCCCCUGCCAGGGCUGAACACUCGGAGUCUCGGAGCUUCCUCGGUCCCUUUAAACUGGUGGUUCGAGCAGUCUGGGGUUCCCAUGACAACGACGGCGGACUGGGGACCCGGGCGGGGUCCGGUCGGAGCGCAUGCGUGGUGCGCGCCCGACGCAGCACGUCUUCCCGAGUCGCCGGCGCUGCUGUCGCGGGGUCCCUGAACCGCGGGCGGCCCCGGCUCCCUGCGCUCGGCCAUGGCCCCCCCGCUUCCGUGCAGGCUCCCGAGGUCGCUGCCGCCGUGGCUGCUGCUGCUGAGCGUGGCGCUGCUGAGUUUCCAGGCCCGCGCCGAGCCCACCGCCGGGAGCGCCGUCCCCGCGCAAAGCCGUCCGUGCGUGGACUGCCACGCGUUCGAGUUCAUGCAGCGCGCCCUGCAGGACCUUCGGAAGACGGCCUACAGCCUGGACUCGAGGACGGAGACCCUCCUGCUGCAGGCCGAGCGCCGGGCCCUGUGUGCCUGCUGGCCUGCCGGGCGCUGAGGAUCCUCAGACACUGCUGUUCCUCAUCAAUAAACACCCGGCCCAGCA